AUGUGUUGGACCAUCCGAAUUCUGUUCAUUAACGUAAUCCUGUGUCAUGUUCAACAGUAUGUGUGCCCAUCGGACACGAAUGCUGAAGAUUCUCAUCGUGAUAACCAGAAUUCCACUAUACUCAAGUCGUAUAACGACACGUUCGCCACUGACAAGUUCUUACCGAAAGAUUCAGUGAACCUCAAUUAUGAAAUACCUCGAAGUAUUAUUGACUAUCCGUUAGCAACAAAUUCACACAUGAAAUAUAUCACCGAUGAAGAAGAUUACACGAGCGAUGAAUUGAUUACAUUUGUCAUUCAAACUAACCAACGAAGUUCACAAUCGAUUACGAUUCUUGCUGGUUUUGCUUAUGAGAACAUCAAUUAUGUAUUCACUAUCGAGAAUCAUCAACUGAAAAUUAUUUUCUCACAAGAUAAACUACCUGAUUUGAUAUUGACAUCGAAAAACGAUUCCGGCCCGAUUAAUGAUGGUCAAUGGCAUCGACUGCAUGUCCAACGACUGAAUCAUACGCUACGAUUUAUUCUUGACAAUAUUGAAGAAUCUACCCUCAAUUUAACUAACGAAUGGCAAACAACUCCCAAUAUAUUCAUUGGCAGUGAACUAACACCUGUUCCUAAUAAUGAUUACAUUGGUAGAAUUGGUGAUAUCAUCAUUAGCAAUGCAGGUCGAUCACUAAUCCUGAGAGAAGAAAACCAUUCCGAUGAAAAUGCGAAAGAUUUGUUAACAACUACUCAAUCGAAUUCAUCUCAAACGAUUACUUUUCUACCGAAUGAUAACCAAGAGAUUAGCUUAUCACUUCCAACCAAUUCUUCUCUCCGCAGUUUAGCAUUUGCCUUUCAAACUUAUUCCAACAUCAGUACACUUUUACAUUCCGAUGAUAUCGAUAUAAACAUCGAUAUUGAUGGUUACUUAACAGUAGCUGUUCGAAACCAUCCUUUACAAAGAAUUCUCUCUUCCAACGAACAAAAUCCGAUCAAUGAUGGACAUCUGCAUUUCAUACAAUUCGAAUUCAUUAAUCAAACUCUUCGUGUAUGGUUAAAUAUCAACAAAACAGUUUCCAUUAAACUUUCUUCUCCACUAAUCAUUGAAAGUUUGAUCUUUGGUUGGCACAAUGAUUUCCUUGGUUGUAUACAAAAUGUGACUUACAAUGAUCAACUAUUCUCAUUUGAACAUAUUCCAUUUCAUCGUCAACACUGUUCUUCGAAUAACAUUCGUUUAAAGUCUCUCCAUAAUGUUUAUACUGAUAAGAUAAUCGCAUUUGAAGAAUACGAUCGGCCAGUUGUGGUUAUUCUCGAUCAGCCUGAUCAAUUCUAUUCCUUUUCGUUUCCAUUUUAUACGCAAGAAUCUGACGGCAUCAUCUGUUCAUUGACAGAUUCAACUUAUGAAAAUCUGAUCUUAAUCAGUGUUCGUCAACAACAUCUAGUUAUAACCUCUAUCAAUGAAUAUCAUGAGCGAAUGGAAAUUUCCAUGAAUCAAACGAUUGACGAUCGGAUUGAACAUGAAUUAAUUAUUCGAUUAAUUCAUAGAGACCAUCUAUUAUUUCAAUUGGAUGAUGUUCAAAUCGUUCGAAAAUUUGUUAGUCUAUUUUAUAUUCACACGAUUUACAUGGGACAACUGGAUGGAUUUAUUAAGGAAAAAUAUCAUGAUUUAGAUGGAGAAGAUUUUCUCGGUUGUAUCAAGGACAUCUUGUUAAAUGAUAAAUCAGUAAUUAAACUGGAACAUGUAUAUCGGUCAAGUCGGUUGGGAGACACGUGUCGAUUAACAAAACGUGGACGCAAAAAUUUCAUGUCAUAUAUGUCGUCAGAGAUCAGUUUUUCUGUACGUGAUGAUCACGAUAUAGUUGAAGUUGAAAUUCCAUUCAAUGAAGAAUUCUAUCACUGUCAACUAUCGAUCAAAACUCGUUCGCUCGACGGAAUUCUCUUGUCGCUUCAUUCUGAUGAUGAUUAUACAUUUGUUUUCUAUUUAAAUCGUGGCCAAUUAGUUUGGAAAUAUCAUUCCUAUGAUAACACUAUCUCGGAGAUACUUUUCCAAGAUAAUCAAACGAUUAACGAUGGACGACAGCAUGAUGUUUUCAUAUCCCGACAGAUAUCUAAAUUAACUUCAUAUAAGAAUAUCUACAUAGAAAUCGAUGAACGAGCAAGUCAAAUAUCACUGCCGUCAUCUUCGUUAUUAUUUUUUGAUGUUCUAACCGUUGGCGGUUCACGACGAGGAACAUCAACAAGUAAUUUACUUGUUGCUUGUUUUGCUAAUCUAACGUAUAACCAUCAACUAUUGUUACCUGAAGGAAUUGUGAAAUACGAUCGUUAUGAUUGUUUUUAUGAGCAAGAUUCGAUCUGUGAUAAGCAGACGCCUUGUGAACCAAUUCAAAGUUUACAAUUUUGUGGUCAGAUCGAUUGUUCAGUUGUGUGCACACCCUCGACAUUUGAUAUUAAUAAAAAAGGACUCGUACGAUAUUUUUCUGAUAUUGAAUCGGGCGAAUAUGAACAAAUAUAUUUAACAAUAUUUACAACGGCAGCCAAUUCAACUCUAUAUUUGACACAGAAUGGUUCGAUUCAAGUAUCAAUUAUCCUUCAAGAUUAUUAUCCACGUUUAAUCAUUCAAAACGGCGGAAUAAUUUAUACAUAUGAUUUUCCUGGGCGUGUACGGAAUGAUCAAUGGCAUAUAUUGCAAUGUCAGAAAACAUUGAAUACAAUUGAUUUAACAUUUGAUGAAGAAACACGGCAUUACACGAAUCUUACUGAGCACUUUACUCUGUUUGCAGAUAAUUUAAUUCAUAUAUGUGGAAGAAAUUUUAAUGGAUAUAUUCAAGAUAUUAUUCUUACAGCUGAUAAUCAUUACGAAAAUUUAAUACAAAACGCGAUUCAUAAUCCGGGAUUAAUCGAUUAUGAUCGAAGUGUUACUUGGAAUAAUCGUGCCAACAUACCUGAAUAUCCUUGUGCCCGAACCAGUUGUAACUAUGGACGAUGUGAAGUGGUUCGUAGUAGGCCAGUUUGUCGAUGUUAUCAAGGAUAUACAGGCCAGGAAUGUCUCACAACGAUUGAUGCAUGUGCUCGGGUAUCAUGCAAUUAUGGCACAUGCAUCAACGAAGGUUCAUCGUACAGAUGUGAAUGCCAUCGAGGUUAUGAAGGUUCGGCAUGUGAUCGGCAAAUAGAUCCAUGCGCAAGCUUUGUUUGUUAUAAUGGAGGUGUAUGUCAUACACAAGCAAAUAGUCAACCAGUGUGCCAAUGUGCACUUGGUUAUCGAGGAGCGAAUUGUUACGAAGCAGAUGUUGUUGAUCCAUGUUCGCGUUUCGACUGUUAUGGUGGUACUUGCACGAAUGAUCGAGGUGUAGCUCGUUGUAUUUGUCCAUUGGGACGUGCUGGCAGCCGUUGUCAAGAUGAUAUUUGUACAUUAUAUCCAUGCGCCAACAGCGGACAAUGUAUCCCAGAAGGAACUACUCGACGAUGUAUUUGUUCAACGCCCUACUAUGGCGACGAUUGUCGAGAAGCUCAACGGCCAAAUCCGUGCGAUAAUGUCUAUUGUGGUUAUGGUCAAUGUCAUGAAGGAUAUUGCGAGUGCCAUGGAGGCUACUCUGGUGUACGUUGCGAUGUUCCGCCUGAUCUUUGUGCUGGUGUUAACUGUAAUCAAGGUACAUGCUACGAAGGUCGUUGUACUUGCCUAGAAGGUUAUACUGGAACAUAUUGCGAGACUCAAAUUACAACACCUUCACCAGCCCCGCAAAUUGCCUCAACACCACGGCCAGUUUUAACAGCACAAACUGUUGGUCUCAUUGGUGCAAGAAAAGGUCAAUUAAUUGAUUACGGUCGACUAUUAGGAGCUCGUGCUGGUCCCAUCGGGUGGUUGUUGGCACCAUUAGCUGCUCUACUUUUACUUCCAUUAGCACUUGCAUUUGCAGCACGUAAAUGUACUCAAGGUGCUUGCUUGCCAGGCGGAGGACGUUAUGUACCAGUCGCUAUUGGAGGAAAUCGUGUGACACGUGAUCUUCAAUUAAUCGAUCAACGUAACGAUAAUCUAGCAGCAGCGUCAGGCGAAACAGAAACAACGAGGAUUGAACAAACACGUGAAAUCGUUAGAGAAUACGGUGGUAUGGAAGCCAUGGGUGGUGUUCUCACUAAUAAUUAUCCGACCAUGUCAUCACGUUAUGGUGACUUUGCGCGAGAGGGUCAACAACAACAAACAUCAUCAGGCUUCUCACAACAACAUAUCAUCGAAACCGAUUAUCAUCCACCGCCAGUCGCAGACUUCGGUUACGGUCGUGGUGGUGUCACUGAAGGAUAUCGAGAUACAUUUGAAUCAUGGGAGACAACUGGUGCCAGCGGUGGUUACUCAAUGAAUACCAUGUUUGCUGAUGGUGGUCUACAGACUGAUUAUGAAAUGAGCAAUAUCAAUUCCGUUAGUAUGACACCAAAUGGAAAAUAUGCGAUUGUCGGGCAAAGUCAAGGACCUCCUCAAAUAUGGGAUGCUAUUAACGGACAAUUAGUAUCCAGUAUGCAAGGAACAAGUACCAAUUGUAGUAAAGUAGCCUUAGCAUGCAGUGGUACACUUCUUGUUGGCUUAGCAAGCGAUGGUAUUGAUUCUCAAACAAGUAUACUACAAAUCUGGGAUGUCAACACGGGAAAACCAGUCCAAUUAACUCAUCAAAUUAAAUGUGCAACAUUUACAUUAAGUAAUAAUUCAAGUAAUCUCAUCAUGGCUGGAAAUCAAAAGUAUGGACGUGGAAUAUCUGUUGGUAUACUUGAUCUCAAUAAUUCCGAGUUGACGAAAGAAAUUAAAUCAGAUACGAAUCAAUCUUAUGGUGGCACACCUUCAUUUGUUAUUCUUACACCAGAUGAACGAUACGCUGUCGUCGGUUGUGCAGCAGGAUCAGCGACGAAUUAUGUUGUUUUUGAUCUAACGACUCCUCAUGAAUUAGUCCAGCCAGCAACGAUUACUCUGGAUUGUGAACCCAAAUGUUCACUUGCUUUAAAUAACGAUCAAAUGUUAACUGGUACUCGAAGUGGACAAGUUGUUGUCUGGGAUAUUCCAUCAUGUCAACGUAUACAGUCGUUAACUGAUAAUGGUCAAAGUGCGCAUCGAGAUCGAAUAACAGAUCUCAAAAUUGCACCAGAUCGCUUAUGUUUUGUGACGACCAGUGCUGAUGGAACGGGCAAAGUUUGGGAUACGAAUUCCAAAGAAUUAAUCUCGAGACUAAUUGGUCAUAAGCGAGAAAUAACCUGUGCGUGUGUUUCAACGAAUCAAUUAGUAGCAACUGGUUCCAAAGAUCAAAAUAUUUGUUUAUGGCGUAUACCAACUGGUCAAACAGCAUCGACAAUGCCUGUUGGUAUGACGCCACUUGAUAUCCAUAUGGCUGCACAUAAUCGAACAAUUGUUGCUAUUGGCGAUAAGGAUGGUGAAAGACAAUUAUUGAUGCUACGUGUCGUGUCUAUACAACGAUAA